AUGGCAGCAGCGAGCUCUCUGCCGCCUUCGAAGCCGUACGAUGUCGACUUCACAAUCGUCUCCGCCAAGCAUCUGAAGAACGUGAAUUGGCGCCACGGGGAUCUCAAGCCCUAUGUGAUCUUCUGGGUGGAUCCCGAUCGUCGUCUCGCUACCAAAUCGGACGAUCAUGGAUCGACCAAGCCGGUGUGGAACGAGCGGUUCGUGCUUCCUCUGGCGGUCCCGCCUCAGGAAUCGCUGCUCACUCUCGAGAUCUUCCACUCGAAGCCGUCGGAGACGCCCAAGCCGUUGGUCGGAACCCUAAGGUUGCCGCUCAAGGACGUGAUGUGCUCGGAUGAUUCCACGAAGGUCAGAAGUUUCGAGCUCCUUCUACCCUCCGGUCGCCCCCAGGGUAAGAUCCGACUCAAAAUCUCUAUCCAGGAACGCCCGAGCCCCCCUGAUUUCCAAAUUCCCCCUCCGUCCAGCUAUUAUUUCUCAACUGCGCCGCCGCCGCCCGCUUCCCGUGAUUACCGAGGAUACAAUAUCCCUCCGUACAACCCACACCAGCCCCCAUCUCCCGCGCUGGUGCCGCCGCCUCAUCCGACUCUAUCACCUCCACCUCCUCCCCACUCGCAUCCUUAUCAAUACGGCGGAUACUCUGAUCCAUACUCUAGCUACUACCCCGGUUACUACGCUCAGCCUCCUUAUCCGCCACGGCCGUUCCCUGACCGACAACCCAGCUUUGGCAGGCCGGGGCCUAGUGCGCCGGUGGAUUAUGCACCGUAUGAUAACAAGCGUAGUGGAAAGAUGGGAUUAGGAACUGGAUUGGCAGUUGGAGCUGUGGCAGGAGCCCUAGGAGGGCUGGCAUUGGAGGAGGGUUUGAAAUAUGAGGAAGAGAAGAUUGCAGAGAGAGUUGAGCGUGACAUUUCUGGAAGGGAUAAUUACAGUGACUACCAUGUUGAUUACUAG